UUGGAGAUGUCAUGAAUGAUGCAUAUGUGGAGGAGGACAAGAGAUCUCCGAAAGAACAAACCCGUCGUGAAAUUAUUAUCGGCAGAUGUAUCAUAUUAAUUGUAAGAAAGAAGAUAGAGGCAUCAAUGUGGAAAGUGUGAGUGCAGUAGAGAAGUAGAGAGAGUAGUGCGUAAAGUAGGAAGUUUGCUCCGUGACUGGUGGUCACUGCGGGUGUAUCCGUGUGUGUGUAUGUGUGUGUGUGUGUGUGUGUGAUGGCCACCACCACAUUGAUCCAUAUUGUCCCCACUCUUGCUCUUUGUAAUCCAUGCCAGCUGUGAAGGACCAUAGCUGCUAUGAAGCUUGCCUGGUGCUCUGGUGAGCCACCAGUGGUCCUCGGCAUUAUAACUAUGGAUGAUCGUCAAGAUGAAUAGGCGUGGGGCCAACCGAGCCAAACGCACCACAGAAUCCAAAACUUCGGGUACUUCUAGCCGUGGGUCAAGAGCCACCACCCGCAGGGAGGGAGAUCCAGCUGCACAUCAGCCUCCCUUGGCACACACAGCCUCAGGCAAUAACAUAUCCCAUGGCAAAAAGGGUGAGGAAAAUUAUGGGUCACUGAGGACCCGCAAGGAUGCAGUAUCGGGUGGUAAAGGUGAUGACCCUGGUAGCUCUGCUGAGGGAGUACCCACAGCAGUUACUGGUGAUGAAACUGCUGUGGUGAGCAGUCAGAGCAAUAACAGCUCCAGUAUGCCUGCUGCUACAGUGAGCCGCCCCAAAGUUGGAGUUGCAAACUCCAGCCGGGGUUCUGCCCCAGCAGCAGGAACAGGAGGUUUGACAUCAUCUUUAACUGCAGUGAGGGAAGAGAAACAGCCUGUACAUGAUGUGUGCAAAUUACCCAAGAAGCGAAAGUUUGAUCCAUCAGAAUUAGAGGACAUGAAUGAAGGACCGAGACCAUUAUUAGUCUUAAGAGAACAGCCUGCUGCAAUGGUGACGGCCACUACUACAAUUAGCUCUUGUUUGGUAGUACCAGCAUCUACUCCACUGCGAAGCUCUUCUGUUAGCACAUCAGUAACGAGUCCCAUGAUGUCUGGAGCAACUCCAGCUGCUCCAGAUGCUGUUGUUAAACCCAUUGUUUCUGCAACUAUUGUGAAUUUAUCUGAAAGCAAGCCGCAAGAUCUUCGGGUAAAUACUGUAGUUGGUUGUCGAGGUAGUGAAAAUGGCAGUGAUAACCAGUGUAGUAGUGGGAAGGAAGGUGGUAGUAGUGGCCAAGAUAAAUCCAUAUCUAGUGAGCCUCCAGUUCAUUCACAACCAGUCAACAUGAAAACCACCAGCCACACAGUAGUAUCACAUGCUAUCACAGCGCACAGUGUAGUGGCGUCGCAGGUGUUGACUGUACAGCGGAACUCACUUUCACAAUCCAACAGUCAAGUAAAACUUACUACAGCCACACAGGCUGCUUCCAUUCCUCACACUGCUACUGUUGCCACACACAUUGGUCUGAUUCCUCAACAUCAAACAACGUUGGUAACCAUUCCUCAGUACCAAUCAUCACACAGUUCGGCACAGCAAGUGCAGCUUCAUCAUCAUCAUCAUCAUCAUCAGCAGCAGCAGCAACAGCAGCAACAGCAACAACAGCAACAACAGCAACAACAACAGCAGCAGCAACAACAUCAGCAACAGCUACAGCACCAAUCACAACAACAGCAAUCACACCAACUUCAUCAACAACAUCAACAUCAUCAUCAGCAGCAGCAUAUUCAGCAACCUCAUCUUCAGCAGUCACAUCAUCAAACUCAUCAACAAACUCAUCAACAACAACAGCAUCAACAUCAGCUUCAUCAACAGUCACAUCAUCAACAGCAGCAGCAUCAACAACAGCAGCAACAGCAUCAGCAACAGCAACAUCAGCAACAACAUCAGCAACAUCAGCAGCAGCAGCAGCAGCAGCAGCAGCAGCAGCAGCAGUUGCAGCUUCAACAUCAACAACAGCAGCAGCAGCAUCAGCAGCAACAGCAGCAGCAGCAGAUACAGCAACAACAACAGUUGCAACAGCAGCAGCAGAUCCAACAACAACAACAACAGAUGCAGCAACAGCAACAUACAGUUCAGGUCCAGCAACCUCAUCAACAUCUUCCUCAACCCUCACAACAGUCUCAGCUCCAACAUCAGGUGGGGAGUGGAGGUCACCAUACAGUGCACAUUCCUCAUAUGGUGCCACCUCUAGCCCAUUCCCAGUCUGCUAUCACUCAAGGUACCACCAACCGUCUUUCACAGUCACCAGGUUCAAAGGUAGAGUUUCCUCAGCCAAAACAGUACGCAGGCUUCAAGAGUGUUGUCGAUGCUGCAGCACAGGCUACUCUAUCAUCUCAUCAUGUGUCCGGUGAAUUGCGUGAAGAAGUGCCUCGAACCCCAGAAAUGUGGUCAUCACAGCAGGGUGUUCCUAGAGCUCUUGUUGACCUUAGUGAAUGGAAGGGGCAUCGGGUUUUAGCCAAACGUGGCCUACAUUACUAUCCUGCAGUGAUUGUGAAUGUGAAAAAUGCAUGUGAUCUUAUAGUGAGGAUUGAUGCUGAAGCAAAUAGUGAUCUCUUGUACAGUAGUGUUUUUACUACUGGUAAAUUUGAUGUGAUAAGUGAUGCUGUUCCUUCUGCAAAACAACUUGUGGAAGGGGCACGUGUGGUAGUGCGAUUGGACAAGGAACAACAGAUGUUUGUAGAGGGGGUAGUGUAUGAGAGGCAAGGCUCACCAACUUCACAGUACUUGGUGCGCAUUAGUGGUGAGGCAAACAACCAGGGAUCUGGUGUUGCUAAUGACCAUUGGCUUCUUCGGCCUCAUUUACGAUUAUUGCAGCCUCCAUGGUGGGAGGAUUUGGAGCCACAUGGACAAUCAUCAUUGUUGCCAUCUGUUUCUCACCAUUACAGCUCUCACAAACCAAGCGGCUACCCACCCCCGGGCUUCCAGGAGACAUCUGGCUCACACUUAGUGCCCACUGCCCCCUCCUAUUCCAUGGUAGCAACCACUUAUGGUACUAUCACUCCACCGAACCAUGUAACACCACCAGGCAGUGUUGCCAUGACACCUCUCAGUGGGCAGUCAGGAUCUGCUGGUCUCAGUUCUGGUUCAGAAGAGCUGCGUAGACGACCAAUAGAUGAUUAUGAUAGUGAUGAUGACCUUAGAAGAGAGGACAUUACAUUUCCUGCUGAUGGAGGUCAUUAUAGUGGUAAUCAUCGCUCCAUGUCCCUGACUCCAGGUGCAUUGGGAAGUAAAUAUACGGGAGAUCCAAAGCGCUCAUCUAUGCACAGUCGAGGAUCCACUUCAAGUUUAAUAGAGCAAGGGAGCAUAGGCACUACCACUCCUCGAUCAACACCUGUCACUCCCAGAUCUGGAACUGCCACUCCACUCAAGUACAAGAAAGGUGAGGUUGUGACUACCCCUAAUGGUAUUAGGAAAAAGUUCAAUGGGAAGCAGUGGCGUCGGCUGUGUGGUAAGGAAGGGUGCAGUAAAGAGAGCCAGAGGCAGGGAUAUUGCUCACGACACCUUUCCAUGUAUGGAAAAAGACUUCGCAGCUCGUCGAUUACUUUUAGUGCUGGGAAAGAUACUCCAAGUGUAGAGGGUAAUUGGGAAGAGAUGUCGUGUGAUUCUGACACAUCACCAAACUUUCCCUUAACUGCUCCACGCUCUCAGGAUGAGACAGAAGCUGCAAACAUGCUUAUGACUCUGCACAACUCUUCGAGAUCCACAACUCCUGCUGGCUGCUUCUCUCCGACAUCCAUAUCACCAAGAGGCAUCCAGAGUCCAGUGACAGUGGGGCCCAAGGGAAAUGUGUUCAUGCCUAUAUCUCAACCUGCUGCAUCAGUCUCCUUAACGGGCUGGCCCUGGCUGACCCAUGACAACACUAGCAGACAUUCUGUGCCCUCCCUUCCACAAAGACCUAUUAUUAGACCUGAGUUACUUCGUCCAGUGACUAAGCUGCCCUCAACAGUUAGCCAGGUGACGGGUGGCACGAGUGUGAUCCGCGCCUCCCCUAGCCACACUGUGCCUAUGGGUCAAUCCCCAGGAUCAUCAAGUUUAAGCAUAAACAACCCACAAGUAACCCUCUCUCCAGCAGGACCUACAAGUGUGCAUCUUCACCAAGGUCCAGAAUCAGUUAUACAUGAUAGAAGAGAACAUUUGACUCUUAAUCCUCGUGUAACCACUAUCAACAGCCAAGUGAUAAAUGUGUCCCAACAGGGUCAUCCUUCCAGAGGUCUGGGUGGCUCUGUGGUUGCAGUUACCUCAGGUGCCACUCAACCAACUGUUGCAAUUUUGGAAAAAGUUCUUACCUCAUCUAUACCUAGCACUGCCAAAGAUGAUACCCAUUCACAGCCUGAAGAUCUCUCCAGUAGAUUUCGCCCCAUAGAUCAGUCGGGGUUUAAUAAUGAGCGAUCUGAUUUGACUGACGGGAAGUCGGAUUUUGAUUGUAAAAGAGUUUCAGGAAGUUGUGGAGAGCAAGAAGGCUUACUUUUGCGUGCCAAUAAUGCUAGUGUAAGAGACAGCAGAUUACACAUCUUGGAACAGUCCUCUCUUAAUCUUGAUAUCACUAAGCAAGAAACUCCAGAUAAUAAAGAAAACAUAACUAAUCAAGUGAAGACAGAAGUGACACCACUGACCACAACCUUUGUGACUGGAGCUACUGCUGGUGCUGUUAUAAUCACCACACAACCAAGGUGUCAUAUCGCAGGAUCUGAGUCUGAUCAAGUUGUGGUUCAUCAAACACCAAGGGAAGAUAUGGGUGAGGAAGUCAACUGGGAUGAACAUCAGCCUGACCAACCAACUUAUCAUUGGAGUCAACUGGUUCCUCUUAUUACAACACCAAACAGAAGUGUUUCUAAUCAGCAUCAGCCAAAAAAUGAGACAGACCUUAAGCCAACAACAAAUGGUGAUGUGUUAGCAAAUGGUAGAGGACACAUGGGUAGUACAAGUGAUGGUGUUGGGGGUAACAAGUGUGAAGGGGGCCAGAAUCGACGAGAAUCUUGUGGUCAAGAUGUGGAUUUUGACUUGUCUGCAGAUGAUGAUGAUGUUUUUGUUACUGACCUUGAGACUGCUACCAGUACAAACAAUAAGAGAAGAACUCAGUCUCUUGGAUCCUUCUCAGGCAAGGAGGAACCCAAAAGCCCCAGAAAGGGGAAAGGAGAAAAGGAGCACAUUAGACGACCAAUGAAUGCCUUUAUGAUCUUUAGCAAACGACAUCGACCAUUAGUACACCAGCGAUAUCCCAAUCAAGACAACAGAACAGUUUCCAAAAUUUUGGGUGAAUGGUGGUAUGCUCUGGGUCCUGAGGAGAAACAGAAGUACCAUAGUCUGGCUUCUGAGAUCAAAGAGCAUCACUACAGGGCCCACCCAGACUGGAAGUGGUGUAGUAAAGAUCGUCGCAAGUCAUCUACGAGCUCUAACAAAGGUGAUGGACCACCAUACACCCCUGGAGGACAGAGUGUGGAUGGUCUUCCUUUGACACCUGGUGGACCUAACAGUGGACCAUUAUUGACUCCUGGUGGACCGAGUAGUUCUGGACCGCCAUUAACGCCAGGCGCUGUCAGUAACACAGUUGACGCUCCUGGCACACCAGUUUCUGUUAGUGCAAAUACCAGAAUGAUACAAGUGUCAGCAUCUGGAACUCAUGUGACUAUAUCACAUCCUAGUAUUACAACUAAUAAUUUGGUAAACAAACAGUUCCUGGUUCCCAGUAAUGGGACACAAACUGGACCAAGAAGAGAUACAGUAGGCUCAGAGGUGUCAGAUGAUGACUCUAAAAUGGUAAUUUGUGAAGAGGGAACAUCAGAAGGAGACAGAGAUAUAACUCAAAUUAAGACAGACACGAGCAAUGAAAUAGACUUAGCAUGCAAAGAGCAUGUUGGAGACUCCGAUUCUGAAACUCAGAGUGACACUGAAGUCAACGAACGCCAACGAAGACCUUAUUCCCCCACAAGUAGCGGAGAUAUAAAGUACAAGCCCAAACCCAUCAAGGGAAGACCAUCAUUGUCAACAGAGGAGGUGGUAACACUAUAUGGUCCAACAGGAUCAGCCCAACUUGGAGCUGAUCAGUUACAAGUAGCUGGAAAACCUUCUCCUAUCCAUCUAAAACCUUCUUCUCUGCACCUACCUUCCACACCAACACUCCAGAUGCCCACCACAUCCACAUUACAGUCCACAGGCAGUGCCUUCAGGUCAGGCAGUGGCAGCAUUCCAAUUACGAUAUUCUGAUAUUUUCCCCACCAAGAAUUGCUUGAUCUUAAAGAUUAGAGAAGUAAGACAGAAGGUUCACCAAAACACGCCCAAUACCCCAGGUGUGCCCAGCAGUCCUAACCCUGCAGCAGCUGCAUCACAUGCAUCUGCUAAUCAAUCACAACUCACUCACAACAACCACCACAAUGCACGAUCAUCCCUCACUGCCACUGUGCCAACGUCAAGUCAAGCCACCACUACACUCCCUGUCACUACAUAAUGAUAAAUUAUAUCUAGAUUGUUAUGUUAUUGUUAUGUCUUUUAUUUUUUAUUGUUUAUUUUUAUUCAUAUUUUAUCAGUGGAACCC